UCCAGCCUGACGUCACGUAGACCGCCCGGCGCUUUUGGAGUUUGACGUGGCACUCGGCAUUCCGCUAAGCAACCAGACGAGGCCAACUGAAGCCCAUCUUACAGACUGUAGGAGACCAAUUGUUGGCAUGAGAAGAGCGUUGAAAUGAGUCAGCAGGGUUAUGUUGCCACACCCCCGUAUUCCCAGGCCCAGCCGGGCUUGGGGGGCUACCAAGGUGGAUUCGGCUCCGCUCCUGCGCAGCCCCACUACGGACACUAUGGAGGAGCGCCGCAGGCGUUUGCGGCGCCUCCCACGGCUGUGCUGAAACCGCCGGCGUCCUCGGGCCCUGGUCUGCCUCCACAUCCCGGGUCCGGUCCGUACAAUCCAAACAGCCAGCAGAACGGGGCUCAUAUGCAAAGGUAUCCCCCAGCCACUUACGGUCAACCUCCACAGCCGUCAUACAACAGCAUGGCCUCUCCAGCACCGCCUCCACCAGUGCAGCUCACCAAUCAGAUGGGCGCCAUGAACUUAGGCAACUAUGGGCCCGUUCAGAGUGUCCCAUCUGCAACGAGCCCCGUUGCCCAGCAGCCUUUCCGGGGACCCCCGCCUCCAGCUACGGCGCAGCCCCCCAUGCAACCUCAGAUGGCCCCGGCGCAGCCUCCCAUGCAACAUCAGAUGGCCCCACCGACGAGCAUGUCCAUGGGUCGACCCUUCCCCGGACCGCCGCCUCCUGCAGCUCCCGGAGGGUUCCAUCAGCCUGGACUUGGGCCUGCUGGUCCACCUGGAUACCCGCAACAAGCAGGUCCGUUUACGGGAGGCCACAUGGCAGGACCUCAGCCAGGGGGCUUCCCAGGAGGACUUGGCCCACAAGCUGGUCCGCCCCAGAAGAAACUGGAUCUGGACUCCAUCCCCGGCACCACCCAAGUGAUUGAGGACGACCAAGCCAGACACGGAGGGCAAGUCUACAGCACCAACAUCCGAGGACAAGUCCCACCUCUGGUAACCACCAACUUCACGGUGCAAGACCAAGGCCACGCCAGUCCCAGGUUCAUCCGUUGCACCACCUACUCCUUACCGUGUACUGCCGAGCUGGCCAAACAGUGCCAGGUGCCCCUGGCAUGCAUUGUCAAACCCUUUGCUCGUUUGCCCAACAAUGAGACUCCGUUGUACCUGGUGAACCAUGGCGAAAGCGGUCCCAUCCGCUGCAACCGCUGCAAGGCCUACAUGUGUCCGUACAUGCAGUUCAUCGACGGCGGCCGCCGCUACCAGUGCGCUUUCUGCAGCUGCAUCAAUGAAGUGCCCGUCUUCUACUUCCAACAUCUGGAUCACAUGGGCCGGCGGGUGGACUUUUACGAGCGAGCCGAGCUGUCGCUGGGAUCUUACGAGAUGGUCGCCACGCUGGACUACUGCAAGAACAACAAGCCUCCAAAACCGCCCGCCUACAUCUUCAUGAUCGACGUGUCCUACAACAACAUCAAGAGCGGGCUGGUCAGGCUCAUUUGUGACGAGUUGAAGACGCUCCUGGACAAGCUGCCCAGGGAGGACGGUGCUGAGAGCUCAGCCAUUCAGGUCGGCUUUGCCACUUACAACAAGACACUCCACUUCUACAACGUCAAGAGCUCCCUGUCGCAGCCGCAGAUGAUGGUGGUGUCCGACAUGACCGAGAUGUACGUGCCGCUUCCCGACGGCUUUCUGGUCAACUUCCAGGAGUCCAGGGCGCUCGUCUGCAACCUCCUGAGCCAGAUCCCCGACAUGUUUACGGACACCAACGAGAGCGAAACAGUCUUUGCUCCCAUCAUCCAAGCUGGUGUGGAGGCGUUCAAGGAAGCGGACUGCAGCGGCAAGCUGUUUGUCUUCCACUCGUCCAUGCCCACUGCCGAGGCUCCUGGCAAGCUGAAGAACAGGGACGACAAAAAGCUGGUGAACACAGACAAAGAGAAGACGCUGUUCCAGCCGCUGAAGGGCACGUACGAGCAACUCUCCAAGGACUGUGUGGCUCAGGGCUGCUGCGUGGACCUCUUCCUUUUCCCCAACCAGUACGUAGACGUGGCCACCAUGGCCGACGUGCCGUCGCACACGGGAGGCUCGGUCUUCAAGUACAACAACUUCCAGGUGGACACGGACGGAGAGCACUUCCUGCGAGACCUGAGGAAGGAAGUGCAGAAGAGCAUUGGGUUUGACGCCGUCAUGCGAGUUCGUACCAGUACAGGUUUCCGAGCCACCGACUUCUUCGGCGCCAUCCACAUGAACAACACCACCGACGUGGAGAUGGCGGCGGUGGACUGCGACAAGGUGGUGACGGUGGAGUUCAAGCACGACGACGCGCUCAGCGAGGAGACGGGCGCGUUCAUCCAGUGCGCCUUGCUGUACACCACGGUGGGCGGGCAGCGGCGUCUGCGCAUCCUCAACAUCGGACUCAACUGCAGCACGCACUUGUCCGAGCUCUACAAGAGCUGCGAGACCGACGCGCUCAUUAACUUCUUUGCCAAAUCCGCCUACCGCGCCAUCCUCAACCAGCCCUUGAAGAACGUGCGGGACAUUCUGGUCAACCAGACGGCCCACAUGCUGGCCUGCUACAGGAAGAACUGCGCCAGCGCUUCGGUCGCCAGCCAGCUGAUCCUGCCGGACGCCAUGAAAGUGUUCCCGGUCUACAUGAACAGCCUGAUGAAAACGGCUCCCCUGACCGGCAGCACGGAGCUCGCGACGGACGAGCGCGCCCAUCAGAGGCUCGCCGUCAUGGCCAUGGCGGUGGAGGACACCCAGCUGCUGCUCUACCCGCGCCUCAUCCCACUGCACAACAUGGAUGUCGGCAGCGAGGUCUCGCCUAUCCCGGUUCGCUGCUCCGAGGAACGGCUGGCAGACGGCGGCGUGUUCCUGCUGGAGAACGGCCAGGCCUUGUUUCUGUGGCUGGGCCAGGCUAGCCCCCCCGACGUGAUCCAGGGUCUCUUCAAUGUGCCCUCGCUCGCCCACUUGCAAGCCCACAUGUGCGUGCUGCCAGAGUUGGACAACCCGCUGUCCAAGAAGGUCCGAUCUAUCAUUAAUGACCUUUUGGAAAAGAGGCCCAGAUCUAUGAAGCUUCACAUUGUGAAGCAAAAGGACAAGCCCGAGAUGAUGUUCCGCCAAUUCCUGGUGGAGGACAAGGGCUUGCACGGCGGCACCUCCUACCUGGACUUCCUUUGCCACGUUCACCGGGAGAUCAGACAACUGCUCACCUAAAAAAGAACAAAAAAAUAUCCCCUCUCCAGAAACUCAAAGGGACUUUUUCCACAUGUCGGGACCAAACACGGACAGCAGAAAGAGUUAACUUGAACCUUGCAAAGUGCCAAAGUUGCCUUCCAUGCCCCCUCCCACAUUCCUGCCUGUUGAUCGACUCCAGACAAACAAGGCGCCAUGCUGCAGAAUUUGGCAUGAAACUCGUAUUAUUGUACUUUUGAAGCAAAUUUCAGUUACUUUUACGUCAAUCCAGAAUGAUGCUGAAACAAGGAACAUUUUUUUUCCUCAAAGGGAAGUUUUCAUUUCAUUGUCUGUAAAACUGUCCACGUCAACAUGUGUAAUUCAAUAUUGUCCUUUUGUGCUGCCUUCAAAUGUCUUUUUUUUUUGUGUACAAGAUAAAUGCAACUUUUACCGUCUGCCUUUAGUUGAAAUCUUACAGCCUAUUUGGUUUGAAAUUAAACAUAACCUCAGGUCAUCUGAGUAUCUUUUGGAAAAUAGAAAGCAAUAAUACAAAGUUGGGAGGAAAAAAAAGUGAUACAUUCUUGAGUAAAGAGAAUGCCACUAGGGGGCAGCACAGCACACAAAAAAAUGCCAUGAAUACGGUCCAAUAAAUUUGCCCAAAUUCUAACGUGAAA